AUGGCAGAGGAGAUGGCUGACAAGGACGUGCUGGAGGUGAACAAGACGAGCAAGGUUGGUGGAAGAGGUGACGAGAGAAGGGCUGGUAGGGGUCGUGGAAGGCCCGGCAGGAGCCAGGGAGGCGGUCAGAAGCAGGCCAGGAAAACGGGUCAAAGGGCUCGCAGUGGUAAUAAGCGAGAUGGGGGAAACGGCGGAGAGUGGGAUCUGGACGUCUCUCUGCAGGAGGAACUGAUGAGCGGAGGCGUGAGAGUGCGGGGACGGAGGGCGCAGGUGUCGAUUAACCAUCUUUUGCAGUUCCAGCUGCCAGAGAUCGAGAGACAGCACGGGACGGGUCGCAAGAGCGGCAGGCGGAAGAAUGAUGGCGCAACGCAGGUCCACCUUCACGGAGAUUCGUUUAUCAAUGCGAACUACCGUCUGCUUGUGGACGAUAGCUGCGAGUACAGAGAUCAGGGUGCGGAUCCGAACGUUCCGGUGCCGCAAGAGAAGAUCGUGCGGGUGAUUGUCCCCCGGGGCCAGAACUGUCCUAUUUGCUUGGCCGAGGAGCCGGUGGCGCCGCAGAUGGUCGCUUGUGGACAUAUCUUCUGUCUGAGCUGUCUCAUUAACUUCUUCUCUGUGGAGGAAAGCCAGGACAGGUCGAGUUACGCUCCGAAAAAGAGACUGAGAGAGUGUCCUCUGUGUGGCAGCAUAGUUCGUUCCAGCAAGGUGAAGCCCGUGCUUGUGGAAGAGAUCAGAGCGGAUGAAAUACCGGAGGCCGGCACGGAAACGUCGUUGAAGUUAAUGUGCAAACCGCACGGAUCGAUCUUGCCGCUGCCGGUUGAGCUCGGCAUUGAUCCUCUGGCCGUUGGAAACGUGCCAUCGCUGGAUGUCCCGCAGGUGGCUGACUACGCUCAUACUAUAAAAUGCAGUUCUUCGAAGGCGAUCGAUCUUUUCCAGAAGGACAUCGACGGUAUCAAAACCCAGUAUGAGAUUGACAGGAUUCUGUACAACGACGAUGGCAAAUACUACAAGAUGGCCUGGGAAGAGCUCGGCGAGAGGAUAGCCAAGAUUUCAGGUCAGCAAAACGACGACAGGCCUGAAGACAUCGAGAAGGCAAUGGAGUUGCUCGAUUUGGGUGUCGACUUGAAAGCGAAGUAUCAAGACUCCAAUGCAUUUUUCUUCUACCAAACGUCGUUCCACUCGUCCACAAGAUUUUUCCUGUCCCCACUAGAUGUGAAGAUCCUGCUGAGUGCAUUUCGCCACUAUUCAGGUUUCCCAGAAACUCUACAGAUUACCGUGGAGAACGUCAAUUACGCUUCCGUGCUGACUCCUGAGAUGAUCAGCCGUUAUAAGUAUUUCGGGCAUCUUCCCUUUGGGACCGAAAUAGCGUUCAUCGAGGUGGACUGGCGCGAGAAUCCCAUCUUACCAAAGGAAGUUUAUCAGCAGUUCAACAGCGAAUUGAAACAGCGCCGUAGGAAGCUAACCAUGAAGAAGCAGAAAGAGGAUAAGCUGAAGUUGAACUACCAGAAGAGGCUCGAAAGAGAGCACGCUGAGUUCUACAGACGAGAAAAUGGCGAACCCUUAUCGUCCCAGGAGGCCCACGCCCUUACUGCUCUCGCCAACGACUAUCUUUUGGAUUCCCUUUCUUCUCCAAGCCAUGGCAAAUCUCCUGAAAGAACCCUAGGUCAUUCCCACAAGGAAAGAACAAUAUGGGGGACCUCCAUACCGGUGGCUCCGGACGAGAAAUCGUCGAAGGAGAACCAAGAGUUCGAAGCCAUGCUUCUUCAAAGGAUGCAGCAAGAGGAUAAGCAGGAUGAAGCUCCUAGCACUAAUGGCAAGAAAAGUAACAAAAAGAAGGGCAAAGUGAUGCUCUUCAGCAACACUCACAGAAAUCUAUAA